AUGUCUCAGCCAAGCUAUCCUCCACCCCCCAUGUCAGCUCCGGCCCAUGUAACUACGUUUACACAUCCCCAGUUCCCAACAGUUGCAGCUCCUAACCCCCAAUAUCCACCUCCCCCAAGGCAACCGCAUCCAAAUGGAGCAUAUACCUCGGCCACUCCACCGGCAGAGAGCCCACAACCCCAUCGACACACCCCUUCAAAUGGGGGAUAUGCAGCUCCCCCGAAGUCAAUGAGCCCGCCCCAGGAUCCAAUCGCUCAGCACAAUCAAGCUGCUUUCGAUUACAAUGGCACUAUUGGACUACAAAAAAUGCCCGGAGGAGCUCCGGCGUAUGGAGAAUUCAGUGGAGCAAAGGAAACCACCCAAGAUGAUACUGGAACUUUCAACGGCGGAAGUUUCAGGGUCAGCCACCGUGAUACAAACUCCGUUUUGACAGUACAACUGGCAAUGGGCUGUCCUUUAACUGUCAGACCUGGUGCAAUGAUUGCAAUGUCUCCAACGAUUACAUUGAGGGGAAACAUCUCGUUUUCCUGGAAGAAACUCAUCAUUGGGGGCAGUAUGACUAUGUCCCACUACACCGGUCCCGGUGAGCUCCUGCUCGCACCUUCAAUGCUGGGAGAUAUCAUGGUCAUCCGGAUGGAGGACCCAGAGGAAUGGAAAAUCGGACGUGACGCCUUCCUUGGACAUACUGCCGGUGUUGAGCAUAAAUACCAGUCCCAAAGCUUGUCCAAGGGUGUUUUCUCCGGUGAGGGAUUUUUCAUCUACAAGAUUACAGGAUCUGGCGUACUUUGGAUACAAAGCUUUGGUGCAAUCAUUCGGAAAGAUCUUCGCGAAGACGAGACAUACUUCAUCGACAACGGCCACCUCGUGGCUUGGAACUGCAAGUACAAGAUGGAGCGUGUGGCCUCUGGUGGUAUCAUCUCUGGCAUUAGCUCUGGUGAGGGUCUUGCCUGCAGAUUUAAGGGCCCGGGAACUGUCUACCUACAGACCAGGAACCUGAAUGCCUUUGCUGCCCAGAUGAAGAUAAGCACUGCAAGUGGCUGA